GAUCGUUUCUGUGGCACAUAGACACAGGAGAAAUCUGCAAUCAGAUCCUUUUUAAAAAACACAAGUCCAUCCAGAGGCUACUGUUCCUCCGUCUCGAAGACCAACCCUUCCGCAGAUGCAACUAGCUAGCACAUCGCCCAUCCGCGUUAGUCAAAGCCGCUGCCUUCGACUCAUCGCCCAUACUCGCUCAAUCGAGGAGCUAGCAUGGCGCCCCUUCGGAACCUUCUUUUGCUGUUCGGUUGUCAUUCAAGAAAUCGAACAACCCCGUCAACCAUAUCGCCGCCUCGUAGCUCAUCAGUUGCAGUGACCACCGACAUCCGCGGCCAGAUCACAGCUCAGCGCACCAUGUCUUUGGAACACUCGCAUCGGAUCCACCAUCUCUGGCACCCCCCACAUUCGAUGGCCGCUUUGUUCGAUUUCGACGCUGGAAGAGAGCCCAAGAACGGUCUCGGUGCUCAUGCUGCUUCUGACUGCGCUAUGGGACGCCUCCCGCCUCUCCAUGACGGCCACCCGGAUGUGCAUCUGCACAACGGCGCCCUGGCGGCGCCACGCCUUGCAGCAGAAAACAAGACCAACGCGGAGGGUGCGUUCUACGUCGCCGACCUGAGCGAGGUUUAUCGGCAGCAUGUGCGCUGGACGGCCGCACUGCCCGAGAUCCAGCCCCACUACGCUGUUAAAUGCAACCCGGACCCUUACGUUCUGCGCCUCCUCGCUGCACUGGGCGCCGGCUUCGACUGCGCGUCGGACGGGGAGAUAUCGCAAGUGCUGGCGAUGGGCACCGACCCGUCCCGCAUCAUCUUCGCCAAUCCCUGCAAGGCGCAGUCGUCCGUCCAGCGCGCCGCCAAGGCAGGGGUCGCCCUGCUGACGUUCGACAACACAGACGAGCUGCACAAGAUCGCCACCGCGCACCCGCACGCGCAGCUCGUCGUGCGCAUCCUGGCCGACGACACACGCAGCUCGAGCCAGCUGGGCACCAAGUUCGGCGCCGCGCUGGCGGACGUCCCGGGCCUGCUCGCGGACGCACAAGCGCUGGGUCUCAACGUCGUCGGGGUGAGCUUCCACGUCGGGAGCGGGUGCACGGACCCGCGCGCGUACAUCGAUGCCGUCGCGCGGGCGCGCACCGCGUUUGACAUCGGCGCGAGUGCCGGCUACGCGUUCUCCCUGCUGGACGUCGGGGGCGGAUUUAUCGACGCGCUGUUUGAGGAUGCGGCCCGGUGUUUGAUGGAGGGCAUUGAUCGAUACUUUCCCCAGCGUCUGGGGAAGGUGAAGCUGAUCGCUGAGCCGGGCCGCUACUAUGUGUCAAACGCGUUCCGCCUGGCUACAAGCAUCAUCGCGAGGCGAGCUCCAGCGGUGCUUGAAGGGGCUGAUAUGCAACAUGACGUGGGCAGACCAGCGGUGAAGUACUACAUCAGCGAUGGGGUCUAUGGGGCGUUCAACUGUCUGAUAUUCGACCCGCACAUCGCUCGUCCCGCGCCCUACGUCCUGCACAUGUCAGGGGCCUCAGACACCGAGACAGCACUCGUCACGUGCAGCUUGUGGGGCCCGACAUGUGAUUCGGUUGACUGUGUAGCCGAGAGCAUUCUGCUGCCCCGGGCGCUGCGCAUCGGGGACUGGCUGGUCUUUGAGAACAUGGGGGCAUACACGAUUUCCGCCUCCAGCCGCUUCAACGGCUUUGCGUGCAGUGUGGCACGGCCGCCGACCCUGCCAGAAGGCCCGCACCCAAUCCCAACUGAUUCCAAUAACAUUAGCACGGCAUCAGCAGAAGAAUUCCCCGAGAUCGCAUCUGCAGGGCGGCCUGUUCUUGGUCUUGGGCUUGGAGAUCCAUCGACCACCCAGGCCACCCGACGUCAAUCUCCAUCGCUUGCCUUACAUAGUCAUCCUACGGAAAUGCAUUUGAACAAACGGGCGCCCGCAAAACCGGUCGUUUGCUUUCUCGCUUCUCUGCCCGCCAACUCCCCUCCCCCCCUCCCUGUGCCUUCCUCAGUGCCCAACAACAACAGCAUUUCGGCGUCUGUCAACGUUACUCUUGCCUUGAAUGGAGGUGCGCCACCCACCGUCUUUCGCCGCCGCUCAAUUCACAGACCGCCGAUCCAGGACUCGCCUCUGCCCUCGACGUCCUCGUCUCAGAGCCCGCGCUUCCGGCCCUUCGCAUGCCCGAGCCACCCCAUCGCCAAGGGGCGGUAUAUCACCAGCAAUGAUCCCCGGGGAUACAUCCCGGUCUACGAGUACCCGCUCAACGGACAGUGGAUCAUGAUGGACAUCGACGAUGGGUAUAUUCUGUGGACAGGAAUCUGGAAAGCCUUGGGUAAUUCUAAAGCUGAUAUUGUGAAGAUGGUCGACUCGCAGCCCGAGCUGGCGAGUGUCAUCCGCCGGGUGCGAGGCGGAUAUCUCAAGAUCCAGGGAACGUGGAUGCCAUACGAGACGGCGCUGCGCCUCGCGCGACGAGUGGCGUGGAACAUCCGCGAGGAUCUUGUCCCGCUCUUUGGGCCAACGUUUCCCGGCACGUGUCUCUCGCCUGACCAGCCAGGAUACGGCCAGAUCGUUGCGAAUUCCGGGCGACGCAGAGCGCGCCGCGUCGUCCCGCCACCUCCCCCAAGGGAGGCGGGCACCGUCGCACAGCUGCAGCUGCAUGCGCCGGCGCCGGCGCAAGACCGACCCGCACCGGCACCUGCAUCCUCAUCCACACAUCGAUUCGCACCGUACCCCCAGCGCCGGUCGUCGUGGGAUAUGUCGUCCCCGCGGCCACCGCUACAGCUGCCUGUCGUCGCGCACAACGCGUCCGCCGCGCCUUCGUCGAAACCAGAUCUCUACGCGCUGCCCCCGAUAUCCGCACUCGAGGACAUGCGCGGCGGGGGCGCGCACGCGCUCGACUCCGCGGCCGUCCUGCGCCGGCUCAAGCUCGACGACGAGCGCAGCCGGCGCGGGAGCAUCGGCAGCUACGAGGAGGACACGAGGAGGGCGUCAUAUCGAUCGCUGCCGGCCCUGCGGCUGUGCGUCCCAGACGACGACCGGGACUCGAACUCGAACUCGAACUCCGCGGCGUCCCCCGCGUCUGUCUCACCGCGGACGCCACGCUCUCCCGGCGAGGGCCUGUCGCUCGUCCCCCUCGCGCUGCUGGAGCAGAAGGAGCGCUCGCGCAGCUUUAGCGGGCCGCCCAAUCCCGCAUGGCUGUCCUCGUCCUCCUUCCUGUCGUCCCAUCCCCGGAUCUCGUCGUGCAGGUACGAGGCGGCGGCGCCGGACCAGGUCCCGCUCUCCUCGUGGUGAUGAACGCGCUGUUCGCGUUUCUUUAUUGUACGCUGGAUAAUUGCUUCAGAUUCCUAAUUCGUGUGUACAUAUUUCACGCGGGACGGCCUCUUCCACCUACUCUACGUAUGCCCCUUAAACUACCUAUCGUAUACCAUAGUUGUACUCUUUUACUUGCCGCAGAUGUAUGCACAU